AUGAUGCGGGACAUUUUACGGGAAGAUAUUGGGGGAGAGGCUCGAGCGAGUGGGUUCUCGAGACUCAAGCACAGUGGCGGAGGCUUGGAAGUCACGAUGGAAGAACCGACGUGCGAAGACGAUAUUGAGUGGGGCCAAGUGUUCUCGGCGGGGGACAGCGCUCGGAGCUUUGUCGAAGCUGAAGUGAUUUCUGCCAUCGAGUACGACCGGUCAGGAGACUUUUUAGCUACAGGGAACAAAGGCGGACGAGUGUCCAUUUAUUGUCGCCACGGAAAUCCAACAUCGAACCAGAGUAUGUACGGCGCAACGACUGAUCCGCGCUACCAGCUGUACACUGAGUUCCAGAGCCACAAUGCUGAAUUCGACUACCUCAAAAGUCUGGAGAUCGAAGAAAAGAUCAAUCAGAUCAAGUGGUGCCACGCAUCCAAUGGGUCGCAGUGGUUGUUGUCUACCAACGACAAGACCAUCAAACUAUGGAAAGUGCACGAGCGUAGCGUCUGCGAGAUCACGACGUACAAUGGAGAGGGUCUUGCCUACGUGCCACGAGCGCAAAUAUCACCGGAGCUCAUACGACUGCCACAGACCCAAGUUUGUGGCUAUGUUACAGCAUCUACCGCUAAGCGAGUCUACGCCAAUGCACACACGUACCACAUUAACUCGAUUGCCAUCAAUAGUGACGGGGAAACGUUCAUGUCCGCAGACGACCUUCGCGUAAAUUUGUGGAGCCUCGGCAUUUCGGAUCAAAGCUUCAAUAUUGUAGAUAUCAAGCCGACAAACAUGGAGGAACUUACCGAGGUUAUUACGGCUGCGGAUUUCCACCCGACACAAUGCAGCAUGAUGAUGUAUAGCACUAGUCGGGGUGCCAUAAAGCUAGGAGACAUGCGGCAAGCAGCAUUGUGUGACUCGUACUCUCAAGUGUUCGAAGAGCCAGAAGAUCCUGAAGCACGGAGCUUUUUCUCCGAGAUUAUCGCGUCGAUUUCAGACGUUAAAUUCUCUCCCGAUGGCCGCUAUAUUAUUGCACGUGAUUUUCUCACACUGAAGAUCUGGGACAUCAACAUGAACUCGCGCCCAGUUCAAACGAUCAAUAUUCACGAGCACCUACGUCCACGGCUAGGCGAUCUGUAUGAGAGCGACUGCAUCUUUGAUAAAUUCGAGUGCGCCGUCAGCGGGGAUGGCAACAACUUUAUCACGGGCUCGUAUAACAGCGAGUUCCAUAUUUAUGACCGCCGUGGACGUGCUGAUAUUUCCAUCACACCGCGUACUGCACGAGUGAGUCGCCGUCACUCGAUGCCCCAGCGAGGUCUUGCGCAGCAGAUCGCCGCCUUGCCUGCUCCUGGUGAUCCCAAUGCACUGGACUUCUCCAAGAAGAUCCUGCAGACUAGCUGGCAUCCUUCAUUGAACGAACUCGCUGUGUCCAUUCGCAACAGCCUCUUCGUGUAUGCUGCCUAG